AUGGCAAAGCGCUCAGCGGAAGAGCCGCUUGAAUCAGAUCGCGUACCGCUCGCAGAGAGAACCUCGAACCAGACUGGGGCAAGUAUGAACAACAGCAAUGCUCCAGCGGGAGUCUUUGGAGCGUUUCCUGUCGCUGGUUCGGCGUCGGCUUCAGCGUUUAGAGGGCAUGCAGGAGGGUCUGCCUUCGCUCAGCAGGGUGUUACCACCCCAUCCGUUGCAUGCGCUAGUGCACCCACUGCAGCGUCAAUCUUCAGCACGGCAGGUGUCCCUACCAACCUGUUCGGUCCCAACGGUGUCGCUGCGACCCUUGCUUCUGGCGAGAAUGCCGUCAGCACUCCAGGCGGUCGCAGUUGGGGUACGGCCUCGACUGGGAGCGUUGGCUCAGCAUUCAACACGCCCAGUGUUGUGGUGACCAACGCCUUGGGAGAGGUGGCUCCUAUCUUGAAUGGUACUUCCACUAGUUGGUCUUCACCAUCUGGUUUUGCUAGCUUGUCCAGCUCCACCAGUUCCAUCCAGUCCAGUCAGACCUCGUCGGGCUACUCCACCAGCGCCACAACACCACCAUCUACUGCUCCCUCCACCCCUAAAACUGCGCAGCAGUACGAGCUCGAGCUCAAGCAACUACAGGACAGCUUGAACAGCACAUUGGAGCUCGCGCGGAGCGCUGAAGCAGACUGGCUGAACCAGAAGGCCCAGCUGAUGAACGAGGUCACCCGCUUGAACGCUCUCGUUGCUCAGCCCACGGUACAGCCUCAACAGGCACUAGUGUCUCAACCACUGGCUCAGCAGAUCUCAUCAUCGCAAGGCGAGCCUGUCCUCCUCCUCAGCCGGGAGUAUCAACUCGUGUUCGACAGGGCGAUCAGUCUCACAACGCUCACCUGUGAAGGAGGAGUGAUGGCUACAGUCCAACGACUCCACAGCAAGAACCCCGACAGAUCGGUGUCAGAGGUCCAUAGGAAGCUGACUCUGCUGAAGACUGCAGUUGGCAACCUGGGAAACGCUUCUCUGUUUGUCAAUCAGACAGCGGACGGGACUGUUGGUGGACAAGUCUACGACACGUCAGCAACUGGCUUUGGGACAGCCAGCGCAUCAAACCCUUUUGCCAGCGCUGCUUCGUCGGGCGCCUUUGGAAACGCCAGCGGACCCAGCGCAUUGAAUACCACCAGCACAUCCAACGUUUUCAACAACCCUAGCCCAUUCGCUGCUCCCCAACAAUCAGCAUUCGGAGUGACAGCACCACCGGCGGCCACUGCUCCAUCAUUACUAUCCAGGCUGGGCGGCUUCUCCAAUGCCGAGCCACAGGCUGCAGCCCCCGCGACAAACCCUUUCGGUCAAGUUGGAGCCUUCCAGAACACUGUUGGAACGAGUGCCCCUCCCCAGGUCUCCCAGUUUGGCGGUUCCGCAGCGAUGAGCUCCAUGAGCCAGGGACAGCCAGCAGAUGUGAACGAGUUGAGGCGCCAGGUUGACCAGCUGCGCCUCCUCGUCGAGCUCAUGAUGCGCCCCAUGGUCCCGUGCAUCCAGUUUGCCCUAGCUGCUGGCUGGGCCGCUGCACCCAACGCGAUCAUGACCGACGAGUUUGCGUCUGAUCCAUUUGUGGCUGUUGGUCGGCCGGCGUUUGCAACCAUGUACAGUGUGACCGCCCAAGCGAUGUGGGCUGGCUUGAUCGAGGAUCCCACAGUGGUAAAGCAGUUUUGA